AUGUCUGAACUGCUGAAAACUUUGGGAACAGAGUACCAGAAGCUCAACGAUGGGGCCGCAGAAGGUCAAACCCAUUUGAAAAAGUGUUUGGAAGACACCCAUGAGUUUAAGAUAAACGUCAAAAAACUGAAAGGUUAUCUAGCGAAACAAAUUCAGGAAGAGGGCCAGCAGGAUGCACACAACUCAGCUAAACUUGUGAAAAAACGACAGGUUGCAAUUGACAAACUCAACAAAUUGCACAAUAAUUGGGACAGCGGAGUCAAAAAGAGUAUCAAGCUUGCCACGCAACAACAAUCCCGCUUUCAAAAAAGUGCCCUGAACAAGUUAUACGACAUCGACCUCGAUAAUGUCUACACAAACCAGUUCCCAUCCAGUGCACGCAAAUACGUCGAACAGGCUAUAGGACUGCACAUUUCGCGAUACAACGUGUGCGACGUGCCCGAACGGGACUCUGGAGCCAUGGUAGAGUAUCUCGAACACGUUUACGGAGUGGAUCCUGCGGUAUCUACUAACUUCGUGGAAAUGGGACAAAUCUUGCGUGAACUGCGCCAAGAUAACCUAGAGCCAUGUAUGGCGUGGUGCUCGCCGGGUUCAGACCUCGAGUUCGAGCUCCAUCUGCUCAGGGCCAUGUUUUUAUUGCAAAGCGGCGACAAACUCGCCACCUACCAGUAUUUGCUCAAGUAUAUACCUGGAUUCCUCACAAAGACGCAGAAACCGUCCCUGCGACACCGAGUGGCACCACUACUGGCUCAGGUGGUCGCAACGCCAAAAGCCGGGGUCAGCUUAGACGACCAGCGGAAUAAAUGCGUGGACUUAUUCACGCAUGAGUACUGCGCCCGCAACAGCCUCCCGUUUAAUUCGUCUCUUUUCCUGGUGGUCAUGAGCGGUAUCAUCUCUUUCCAAUUUUUCAUCAAGUACAGAACGCUGCAGGCAGCUCGCCAUGUUGAUUGGAGCACCGAGAACGAACUACCUUUCAAUGUCAAACUGCCGGAUUUCUUGACGAGCUUCCAUCCCGUUUUCAUUUGCCCUGUUCUCAAAGAAGAGACCACGACAGAAAACCCGCCCUUUGCACUUCCCUGUCAUCACAUCAUUUCAAAGUUCAGUCUGGACAAACUCAGCAAAAAUGGAACCUGCAAUUUCAAGUGUCCCUACUGUCCAGUCACUGCAUCACGCUCCAAGACUACCAAAGUCAAUUUCGUGAUUCUAUAG